GGAGGGAGAUGGAGGAAGGCGGCUAUUCGAGACAAUGCCUGAGACACGGGGUGGCGGUUGUUGUUGUUGUUGUUGUUGUUGCCGUUGUUGUAGAGUGGCAGGUUUUGGUUGUGAUUGUGGUUGUGGUUGAGGCUGUGGCUGUGAUUGUGGUUGUGAUUGCGGUGGUGGUGAAUGUGCUGCUGUGUGUUGUGCUUGUUGGUUGCGUGUUGUUGUUGUUGGUGGCGUCGGCGCCGAUUUUGGCGUUGGCGUUGGCGUUGGCGUUGGCGUCGCCCAAUCGUGUCGGUGCCAGGCCUGGACGUCGAGGCCUUGGCCGAAACGAGUCAAUUGAUCGAUGGCUUCCAAGUUGGGUUGACCAAAGCCAGCUGAGGAGUCUCGCUUGGAGGGACACUGCGUCAUCCGAGGCGGCGGGUAUGCGGGGGGCAGGAAGAGUAUGGAUGGAUGUACUGCAGGUCGUGUACCUAGUGUAUAUAUGUUCCGUAGUGGUGUUUCAAUUGUUCGUGUAAGCCCAACGCGCAAACGAGGAAGACUUGUUCAUCGGCGUGUCGUAUGCCCGGGGAGGGGAGUGACAGCAGAUAGUGCGAAUGAGAGUCGAGUUGUGACCAGCCAGUCAGUCAGUCAAUUGAUCGACUAGUCAGUGGUCUUGAUUGGUGUGUUCUUCGACGAGGAGGAGGCGGAGGGGUUGCUUUUUCCCUUAUUCUUAUUUGGUUUUCUGCCGUUGUUUUCAUCCCAGUCAAGACAGUUUUUAUUUGAUUUUUUCCAAGUGUCGCGUUUUCCGAGCGGGCUCGUAGCUGUUUUGAUAUGAUGGGUAAAGCUACCUCAACAGUACCUCGAGGUGCCUUCGGGCUUCAGACCCG